AUGAUAUAUGUUUUUGGCUAUCGGUUAGUUGUCGUCGGUUUGUUUUUUCAAUGGAUCACGCCAUCGAAUGAAGUAGCUGUCUGUAACGACACUGCUAACUGGAUUAAUGGUGCAUGGCAUCCUUGUAACGACUAUCAUUUUAAUACAUCGUGGUGUGUUAAUGGUUACUUCCAACCGAGUACCUACUGGACAGGAGGUAGUUUAUUUCUUUAUCCUGAGUUCAACUGUUGUGAUUGUGGCAAAGGAUGGCCAGUAUGGUUCGUUCCAAAGGCAGGUUAUGAAGCUACCAAAGCUGUUCCUGAGUUAACAGACAAUGGUAGAAAUUCGAGUGUUACUAAUUUAAAAUGCAUCGAUCCUAUGGGGAAAUCCGGUUUGUGUAAUAUGGCAUGUAAGACAUGGGAAUAUCCAGUCAUAUCGAUUACAAAUAUUACUAGCAACAAUUUUAAUUUUUACAAUUGCACACUGAAUUUACAGACGACAAAUGCGUCAAUGUCAUAUACUCUCCAAAUUCCUCAAAAUAACUAUAUAGUUUAUUUUACUAAUUGGGCAACAAGUGACUACAAUUUUUCGUGCUUGGGUACAACUAUACCACCAAAUUCUUCGAUGUUAUGUCGACAUGAUGUUGCCCAGUGUCUGUCACCAGCAACUACAUACCGAUGUGUAUCGCCAAGUACGCAUUGUCAGCUUCGUAAAUCUAGUAUUAGCGAAUCUGCCUUUUAUUUAGAUUGCAUUGAUACAUCGAAUUGGAUAAACAACAAUACUGCAAAUAGUGAAACAACAGCAUUUACUUGUUAUUCAUAUGAAGUUGUCUCUCGAGUAUGUUCUGGAGGAACUGCCACGCCAGGUAAUCAAUGGGCACUAGGCUCAAUGUACAAUUAUCCUGAGUUUAACUGUUGUGGUUGUGGCAAAGGAUGGCCACUAUGGUUUGUUCCAUUAGCAGGCUUUGUAGCUACAAGAGCAGUUCCAGAAUUCACGAACAAUACACAAAAUUCGAAUGUCACUAAUCUUCAAUGUAUUGAUAUCUACGGCAAUAGCCGACCAUGUAACAUGACAUGUAAAUUAUGGACAAAUCCAUUGACAUCAAUUGAAACAAUUGCCACUGACGAUUUCAUGUAUUUUUCGAAUUGGACAACAAGUGACUAUGAUUUCUUAUGUGGAGGCAAUCAAGCACUACCAAAUGUUUCUAUGCUAUGUCGACAUGAUUUUAUGCAAUGUCUAUCAACGCAAGUGACAAAUAGAUACGUACCAGCAGUGAUCUGCGGCACAGAUAAUACUCAAUUUCCAACUUUACCGCCAACUUCAUCGGAAGUCGAUGAUCAAGACACUAGUGAGAUACCCAUGACUUACACAUCAUUCUCGCCUGUUGUAUCAAGUUCAUUUAAGGCAACCACUUACGCUGAAGAAACUACAACCACUGCAUCACCUACUAAAUCAAGUUCAUUCAAAGCAACGACCUACGCUGAAGAAACUACAUCGUCUGUUGGAUCAAGUUCAUUUAAAGCAACGAUCUAUGCUGAAGAAACUACAACCACUGCAUCGCUUGUCGGAUCAAGUUCAUUUAAAGCAGCGACCUACGCUGAAGAAACUACAACCACUAAAUCGCUUGUUGGAUCAAGUUCAUUUAAAGCGACGACUUACGCCGAAGAAACUACAACCACUGCAUCGCCUGUUGAAUCAAGUUCAUUCAAAGCAACGAUCUAUGCUGGAGAAACUACAACCACUGCACUAAUAACUUUCAUCACUGUAGCAACACUCUCUCCUUCUCCUGUUUGGCAAUCUCCAACGUGUGCUAAUGGUAAUAUUGGUCUUAAUUGUAAUGUCACCGUUGAUCUUUGUCAGAUAACUAAUCCAUGUCUUAACAACGGCACAUGCGUCAAUACUUUAUCGUCUACUUAUACAUGUACAUGCAUGCAAGGGUUCACAGGUUCACAUUGUGAGAUUGAUAUUCGACCUUGUAAACCGUGGACUUGUCUUAGUUAUGGCCUGUGCAAUGAAACUAGUCCCACAACCUUCCAGUGUGACUGUUAUCCUGGCUAUGAAGGUCUUAAUUGUGAAUCACUCACCGAUUAUUGUGAUGGUAUUGUAUGUCAAAACAAUGGACAAUGUCGUCCGAUUUUACUAAAUUUCACAUGUGAGUGUACGACAAAAGAUGUUACCGGUCGAUACUGUGAAAUUAAAAGCAAUUCGCUCGUUAUCAAAGCCGCUGUCAAACGGUCUGUUGGAUACAUAGCCAUAAUAGCUAUUGUCGGUGUUAUUUCUAUAUUUGUCGGGUUUGAUGCACUGACAUACAUUUUCAAAAUUGAUACAGUAAAGAGACAUCGAAGAUACCUCGCUAAACGACGUCGACAACAACGAGAACGGCAGUCGAAAUCGAAAUCAGUGAUACGUUUUGUCUAUGUCAAUGCUUCGCCAGAUGAAUCAACAAUUGAAUCAUGA